AUGCCUGAAUUCAAGCAAGCCACCGAUCUCGAUGCCUGGAAGGAGCUCCAGCAGCAUCACACUGAGCUCGGACGUAACAUCGUCCUCAAGGAGUACUUCGAGAAAGACCCCCAGCGCUUCCAGAAGUUCAGCCACACCUUCAAGAACACCGUGGAUAACUCGGAUGUCCUUUUUGACUUCUCUAAGAACUUUUUGACUGAAGAGACCCUUGCCUUGCUUGUCAAGCUUGCCAAGGAGGCCAAUGUUGAGGAGCUGCGCGAUGCCAUGUUCCGCGGUGACAACAUCAACUUCACCGAGGAUCGCGCUGUUUACCACGCAGCUCUGCGCAACACCUCCAACGAGCCUAUGCAUGUCAAUGGCCAGAGCGUAGUUGAGGAAGUCAACAGUGUUCUCGAGCACAUGAAGGAGUUCUCCGAGCAGGUCCGCAGCGGCGAGUGGAAGGGUUACUCCGGCAAGAAGAUUGACACCAUUAUCAACAUUGGCAUUGGUGGUUCAGAUCUUGGUCCGGUUAUGGUUACUGAGGCUUUGAAGGCUUACGGAGCCCCAGACAUGAAGCUCCACUUCGUCUCCAACAUUGACGGCACCCACAUCGCCGAAGCCACCAAGAACUCCAACCCCGAAACCACCCUGUUCCUGAUCGCUUCCAAGACCUUCACCACCGCCGAGACCUGCACCAACGCCAACAGUGCCAAGAAGUGGUUCUUGGAGACCGCUAAGGAUGAGUCCCACAUCGCCAAGCACUUCGUCGCUCUCUCCACCAACGAGGUUGAGGUUGUCAAGUUUGGCAUUGACAAGAAGAACAUGUUCGGCUUUGAAUCAUGGGUCGGUGGUCGUUACUCUGUGUGGAGUGCCAUCGGUCUUUCCGUGGCCCUCUACAUUGGUUACGAGAACUUCCACCAGUUCCUGGCUGGUGCCCACGCCAUGGACAAGCACUUCCGUGAAACUCCCCUCGAGGAAAACAUUCCCGUUAUUGGUGGUCUGCUGAGCGUCUGGUACAGCGACUUCUUCGGUGCCCAGACCCACCUUGUUGCUCCCUUUGACCAAUACCUCCACCGCUUCCCUGCCUACCUGCAGCAACUUUCCAUGGAGAGCAAUGGUAAGGCCAUUACCCGCAGCGGCGACUACGUCAAGUACACCACCGGCCCUAUCCUGUUCGGUGAGCCCGCCACCAACGCCCAGCACAGUUUCUUCCAGCUCCUGCACCAGGGUACCAAGCUCAUCCCGGCCGACUUCAUCAUGGCCGCCGAGUCUCACAACCCCAUCGAGAACGGCAAGCACCAGCGUAUGCUCGCUUCCAACUUCUUGGCUCAGUCUGAGGCCUUGAUGGUCGGUAAGACCCCCGAGCAGGUCCGCUCUGAGGGUGCCCCCGAUCACCUCGUUCCCCACAAGACCUUCCUGGGUAACCGUCCCACUACCUCCAUCCUCGCCCAGAAAAUUACCCCCUCCACCCUAGGUGCUUUGAUCACUUACUACGAGCACCUCACCUUCACCGAGGGUGCCAUUUGGAACAUCAACUCCUUCGACCAGUGGGGUGUUGAGCUCGGCAAGGUCCUUGCUAAGAACAUCCAGAAGGAGCUGGAGACUGAGGGUGCUGGUGCCGACCACGACAGCUCCACCAGUGGACUCCUUUUGGCUUUCAAGGCAAAGGCCAACCUGUCAUAA